AUGCAACCUUUAAUCGUCGUAGCCUUAGAUCUCAACCCACUGUCAGCGAGAUCGCCCCAACCUUACUCAUCGUCUCGUGAGCCCUUACGUCAGCCAGAUCGGGAGCCCUACUCUCACCCACUGUCAGCCAGAUCCCAGAUCGGAGCCCUUAACCAACCUUACUCACCCACUGUCGUGAGCCCCAACCUCACCCACUGUCAGCCAGAUCGUGAGCCCUUAAUCCAACCUUACUCACCCACUGUCAGCCAGAUCCCAAUCGUGGAGCCCUUAAUCCAACCUUACUCACCCACUGUCAGCCAGAUCGUGAGCCCUAAUCCAACCUUACUCACCACUGUCAGCAGAUCGGGAGCCCUUAAUCCAACCUUACUCACCACUGUCAGCCAGAUCGUGAGCCCAACCUUACUCACACUGUCAGCCAGAUCGUUUAAUCAACCUUACUCACCCACUGUCAGUUCAGCCCUUAAUCCAACCUUACUCACCACCAGCCCAGAUCGUGAGCCUCCAACCUUACUCACCCACUGUCAGCCAGAUCCCCUUAAUCCAACCUUACUCACCACUGUCAGCCAGAUCCCCUAA